UUUUUCCUGGGACAGCGUGAGUCGGCUGCGUGUGUGCUUUUCGCGAGCGCAACAGUGUAUCUGUUUUUUCUUUUCGUCCCUCGCUGAAAAUGCCUCUCACUGCUCCAUAGUUACCAAGUGGCAUAAAUUCCGAUGACAACUGACCUGCUGUCGUAUGGUUACUGUAUUCGACCCCACCGAGGCACUAAAAAGAACCAGUGCUGUUCUUUUGUUUAAAACCUCGUUUUUCCCUACUCCGGAGCUGCCUCCUCCUCCUGCUCCUCCUCCCACCCUGGCCUCGUCUGCAGCUUCUCCUGCGGUUUUGUGGGAGCGCGCACUGGCGAGUGGGGACUUGUCCUGGAGCGCACGCGGGAAUGUUUCAGCGCUUACUCAGCACUGCUCGAGCCCGUGCAUUGAAGGAAUGAAAGACAAUUUAUUAUUGAAGCGGAAGGUGUUUAAGGGCCGGUCUCCAGAGGCGCCUCUGUGUCGUGUUUUUACAAGAGUGUCGAGGCAGUCUAAACGCCCAUUUUCAUCCUCGUGUGUGACCCUUGCAGGACAGAAGUGGAGACUGGAAAAUGGUUUAGCACGUGGUGGAUCAGAAUAUGGACCAUUAACAGAUCUACCUGACUGGUCAUAUACAGAUGGAAGGCCUGCACCUCCACUGAAAGGACAGAUCCGCAGACAAAAGCAAAGAGAGGAGUUUGCUAGAAGAGCAGUGUGUCUCAGUGCAGAGGUAGAUGAAGGGAUGAAGCGAUGGCAGGAGAAGAAGGAAGAGAAGAAACAGAAAGAAGAGCAUGUGAAAUCUUUAUUGCUAAAACCUAAAGGAAAUGUAUUAUUAAAAAACAAAAAAUAAAGAUACUUGUGGACAAAAA